CGCACGCAGGCGCGGGUGCCGUCGGCGAAGCCGGCCAGCCGGUUGGAGCUGCGCCCGCAGCUCCCAUGCUCCAGGGCCACCACCCGGGCGCCGCGAGCCACCUCCAGCCACGCUGCCGCCUGGGCCUCCGAAAAACCCCGGGGCACCUGCUCCUCCAGGCCGCGGCUCCAGAAGAUACCCCCGCGCACCGCGGCACGCUCCUCCGGCCGGGGCAGUCCGGCUGGCACGUGUCGCCUGCGCUUGUCCGGGGGCUGCCGAGGGGGACCGUCCGCGCCGGCAGCCAAGAGUACACAGUCAUUAAUGAAGGCUGCCCUGGAGCUGAGUGGAAUAUCAUGUGUCGGGAGUGCUGUGAAUAUGAUCAGAUUGAAUGCGUCUGCCCUGGAAAGAGGGAAGUCGUGGGUUACACCAUCCCGUGCUGCAGGAACGAGGAGAAUGUAUGUGACUCCUGCCUGAUUCACCCAGGUUGUACCAUCUUUGAAAACUGCAAGACCUGCCGCAAUGGCUCAUGGGGCGGCAGUCUGGACGACUUCUACGUGAAGGGAAUUUACUGUGCAGAAUGCCGAGCAGGCUGGUAUGGAGGAGACUGCAUGCGAUGUGGCCAGGUUCUGCGAGCCCCAAAGGGUCAGAUUUUGUUGGAGAGCUACCCCCUAAAUGCUCACUGUGAGUGGACCAUUCACGCCACACCUGGGUUUAUCAUCCAGCUAAGGUUUGUCAUGCUGAGCCUGGAGUUUGACUACAUGUGCCAGUAUGACUACGUUGAGGUCCGUGAUGGGGACAGCAGUGGUGGCCAGAUCAUCAAGCGUUUCUGUGGCAAUGAGCGGCCGGGUCCCAUCCGGAGCACGGACUCCUCACUCCACAUCCUCUUCCAGUCAGAUGGCUCCAAGAAUUUUGAUGGCUUUCAUGCCAUUUUUGAGGAGAUCACAGCGUGUUCCUCGUCUCCUUGUCUCCACGAUGGCACUUGCGUCCUUGACCAAACCGGGUCCUACAGGUGUGCCUGCCUGGCAGGCUACACUGGGCAGCGCUGUGACAAUGUCCUUGAAGAACAAAACUGCUCAGACCCUGGGGGCCCAGUCAAUGGGUACAAGAAAAUAACAGGAGGCCCUGGGCUAAUCAAUGGGCACCAUGCAAAAAUUGGCACCAUUGUGUCCUUCUUUUGUAACAACUCAUAUGUUCUUAGUGGCAAUGAGAAGAGAACUUGCCAGCCGAAUGGCGAGUGGUCAGGGAAACAGCCCAUCUGCAUAAAAGCCUGCCGAGAACCAAAGACCUCAGACCUGGUGAGACGGAGAGUUCUUCCAAUGCAGGUUCAGUCAAGAGGCCACAAUGACUGUCUCUCGCCCUGCUCUCUCUGGGCCCGUGUGCCCCGGUGCAGGGAGACGCCAUUGCACCAGCUGUACUCGGCAUCCUUCAGCAAGCAGAACUUGCAGAGCACCCCUACUAAGAAGCCAGUCCUUCCCUUUGGGGACCUGCCCGCUGGGUACCAGCAUCUGCAUACCCAGCUCCAGUACGAGUGCAUCUCGCCCUUCUACCGCCGCUUGGGCAGCAGCCGGAGGACGUGCCUGAGGACAGGGAAGUGGAGUGGACGUGCCCCGUCCUGCAUCCCUAUCUGUGGGAAAACUGAGAACAUCACUGCUCCAAAGACUCAGGGGAUGCGCUGGCCAUGGCAGGUAGCCAUCUACAGGAGGGCCAGCGGGGUGCCUGGGGGCAGCCUACACAAGGACACGUGGUUCCUGGUCUGCAGCGGCGCCCUGGUGAACGAGCGCACCAUUGUGGUGGCUGCGCACUGCGUAACAGACCUGGGGAAGGUCACUGUGAUUAAGACGGCAGACCUCAAAAUUGUCCUGGGGAAAUUCUACCGGGAUGAUGACCGAGAUGAGAAGACCAUCCAGAGCUUGCGGAUUUCUGCAAUCAUUCUGCAUCCCAACUAUGACCCCAUCCUGCUGGACAUGGACAUUGCCAUCCUGAAGCUGCUAGACAAGGCUCGCAUCAGCACCCAUGUGCAGCCCAUCUGCCUCGCAGCCCCUCGGGACCUCAGCACCUCCUUCCAGGAGUCCCGCAUCACUGUGACGGGCUGGAACGUCCUGGCAGAUGUGAGAAGUCCUGGCUUUAAGAAUGACACGCUGCGCUCUGGGGUGGUGGGAGUGGUGGACUCGCUGCUGUGUGAGGAGCAGCAUGAAGACCACGGUAUCCCAGUGAGUGUCACAGACAACAUGUUCUGCGCCAGCCGAGACCCCACAGUGCCUUCCAACAUCUGCACUGCAGAGACGGGGGGCAUUGCGGCUGUGUCCUUCCCGGGACGGGCAUCACCUGAGCCACGCUGGCACCUGGUAGGGCUAGUCAGCUGGAGCUAUGACAAAACAUGCAGCCACAGACUGUAUACGGCCUUCAGCAAGGUACUACCUUUUAAAGACUGGAUUGAGAGAAACAUGAAAUGAGCCUGCGCCCAUUGGGAAGUUUUUCCAUGCAUCCAUCGGUACAUGUGUUACAUGAGGUGUGAACCUGAAGGGUGAUGCUCCCUGUGAGUUUGAGUGCGCCAGGGCUCUGACUUCAGGGAAGAAACUCGGUAAAGGGUGAGUAGAGCUCACUUUCUGGUAGGCAUUGCCUCCUUGACUGCUCGGACUAUUUAGAAGACACCAGGGCUGCUUGCAAGAACUAAGUUUCUUCAAAAAGACUUUAUGAAUAGCAAAGAAAAGGUCCCCAUUCAACCGACCUGGUGGCCUUCCCCACCUGCUCUAGUGGUACGAAUGUCAUGGUCAGCUCUGGUCAAGAGAGGGCUGACCAGGAGAUCUGGGCCUCAGAGGCCUCUUCCAAGCUCCAGCCAGACCAAGUUCCAAAGAGCCACCUGUGUGACAACCCAGGACAGUGGAGUUUGAAUAUGGUGUGGGCUUUCGUGUACAUUACCACAUCACAGUGGGGUCCUUUUCCUUCCCAGUCCCCUGUACACAUUUUAAUAAAAUGAAGGUUGCCUUCUGACCUACAG